AUGCGCAUGCUGCUGCUGCUGCUGCUGCUGAUGCUGCAGGUGAUGACAAUCACAGCAACCACAGCCCGUACGUACCGCACCGCCAACCCAACCCCGAUGCGAACCCGCCCGCCGCCCCGUCCUGCAUCCCCGACGACGAAAUGCCAACCCCUAUCCCCGUGCUCGCUGCGGGAAGACGACGACUGGACCGACCUCGCCCCCGGGCCCUCCCGCCUCCCCGCCCGCACCGACGAGGAACCCAUCCCCACCCCGCGCGAACUCGCCGAGCUCGCGCAGCUCCUCGGCGCACCAGAGGAUCCGCGCAUGAAGCGCUGGGCGGCGUGGGCGGGGUUCGCGAAGGUGUUGGAGGAAGUAGAGCCGGUCAGCCGGUCGGAGGAGUGGGCACCAGGCAACAGGUGCACCGAGCAGGCCCUCUCUCGGCCGACUACGCAGGUACACAGGUACUCUGCUGUGCGGUACUCGAGCUCGAGCUCGUGGUACCUAUAG